AUGUGUUAUGUGUCCAUUUGCUGCAAUCGAGCACGAAUAUUCAACAAGUUCAAAGAUCGUAAAAAUGGAGGCUUCAAGGAAAGCUUAAUCGCUGAUGUGCCGGGAAUGCUAAGCUUUUAUGAAGCAACGCAUCUGAGGGUGCAUGGAGAAGAUAUACUAGAAGAGGCUCUUCUUUUCACGACAAAACAUCUGGAGUCGGCAACAACCCAUGUCAGCUAUCAACUGGCAGAACAAAUAGCUCAAGCCCUAGAGAGACCGCUUCGAAAGAGUCUCGAGAGGUUAUGCGCUGGUCGGUACAUGUCCAUCUACCAAGAUGAAGCUUCACAUAAUGAAGCUCUAUUAAAACUUGCCAAGUCAUAUUUCAAUCUUGUUCAAUCUUUGCACAAACAGGAGCUCAGUGAGAUUAUUAGAUGGGAUGUCAAUUGCAUGGAUGAACUGCCAGAGUACAUGCAAAUAUUCUACCGUACGCUUUUGAAUGUUAUCAAUGAAAUUGAGGAGGAGAUAGUGAAGGAAGGAAGAGCGUACAGAGCUUACUAUGCAAAAGAAGCUUGGAAAAAUGCAGCCAAAGCUUACUUUCAUGAGGCCAAAUGGUUCCACGAAGGAUACAUCCCCAGCACGGAGGAAUAUAUGCGUGUUGCUACAGUAUCUGCUGACAUUGUAACCAAGGAGUCCUUUGAGUGGUUGUUGAAUGACCCUAAAAUUCUUAGAGCUUCCAAUACCAUUGGUAGGCUCAUGGAUGACAUUGUUUCGAGCAAGUUUGAGAAAGAGAGAGGGCAUGUUGCUUCUGCCAUUGAUUGUUACAGGAUGGUGUUGACACAUCAUCCUAAAGUUGAUAAGUCCAUAUUUCAAAUAAUGAGUGUGUACUGUUGA